AUGACCACCGGCUCAGAUGCACCUUGUGACUACAGCACGCUUCCUUCUCCUACUUCCUGGAACUGUGCAUCCAGCACCAUUACUGGAUCAUCAUCCGUAGCCCUCCAAAGUGCCAUCGUCAGCUACGCACAAAGCGACACCUGCGCCGCCUCCAAAGCCAGAAACAAACGCAGCAGCUGCGACGUUGGCACCUUGGGCGCCGACGUCAUCGGUCAAACCGGCACUGGCGGCCUUUUCAACGACCUCAUACAAUUUCCAACUGGCGCCCAACUGCCCCCUUUGAUCCCCGCUGUAGCAGUCGGACUCUCACAAGUCGUAACCGCCGGACAGACAAUCGCUCAACUAGCCGCCAGCAGCUCGCUCCUUCAAGUCGUCGCCGAGAUGUGUUUAUGGAUAGUCUACGAACAGCUAAACAACCUUUUGUUACCAACGCAGCCUCUAGUGAUUCCGGAGAGCGACAUCUCAACUUCUCGACAACCCACGGCAUCGACCCCUGAAUGCCCAGAUAUCACCGCAGCUCCGAAUUGCGACGAUUGUGGCGGCGAUAACGGAAAGCAACUCUGCAUCGGGACCUACAACGCUUAUACAAGUUGCCCUUGCUACCAUCCUCUUGAUCUAAAAUGGGCGCCCUUCGAUGCCUCCGAGUUUGCAAACAUGGGCGCAUCAUUCGAUGCCAUGACAGCUCCAAUGACAACCACCUCUUCAUCUGCCGCUCCUGCUGAAAUAACGCCUAUGCUCACCUGCCAAAACUACGCCACCUACUAUGACGGCUCAUGUCAAUUCUAUUCCGUGAGCGGGCAAACGGUCAACGAUACCGCAAACGCAUUCACCAACCAGUACCCGAACGCCUCCAUGACGUCGACAGCCGGCAACAUCACACAGGCUUAUGGAUCCAAGCCGUUUAAUUUGAUGAAUGUAGGCUGGAUCGCCGGAUGUACUGGACCGAGCCAGGUUGUGCAGUGUCCGGUUGCGUCGAGUCAGUCUAUUCAGUCGCUGGAUCUGUUCAGGGGCGCAUUCUAUGACUGUAAGUGA